GUGAGUUUGGUGGGUACCGGCCGUACCGGUUCUUUGUUGUUUUUUAAAUAACGCGGAGUGAAAUUCUCCAAUACCUGCCUGCCAUUGGACUGCUGUUAUUUCGCUGAGGCAACAAGCAUGAACAAGCGCAUUGUUUACUUCAUAAGAUUGAGUUUUCAGCCUCUGUUUUUGUGCAAUUGAGCUAGUAUUCCCUCCAAGCCAAUUGCAUGAGAUUGAAAAUAUGCUGGUCGAAGAAUAUUAUAAACAUGAAGCAACGUCGGUUGUCAUCUCAGCUGUUGCCGAUGCUCUGUCACUUGUUUGGGACAAAGCAGACAAGGAGCUUGACCAAAAGUCUGUGCCUGAAAUCCUAUACGAGAACAAGGAUAAAGUUACUGAUUUGAUUUGGGAGCUACAAUUUCUGCUACCCAAAAAUGAAGCUUUGGAACUAGUGUCAACACUGCACACGUCCAACCCAGAUUACAAGCGUGUGGUUCUGGAAGUUCUGGGUAUCUACAAAGAGGAGAAGCAGCUCCAGUUCAAAUCAAGGCUUGACAUGGCCGCCCGUCAGAAAGUUUUCCCAGCUAUUUCUGCACCACGCCGUCAGGAGGAUAAUGAUUGCCUGAAAUAUCAGGAAUUCGGAAACUUGACUGUCGUAGUCACGCCUAGUCCAAAGAAUUGGAUGGGCAAGGAAAGGGUUGAGUGUCUGAAUGUGGUUGUGAAGAAGAAAGAGAAACAGGUCGUUAAACCUGAUAAUUUCUGUCUAUACGAACCAGGCCUACCAGAGAUACAAAGACAGUGUGAAAGUGGAAAUUGUUCGUUGAAUUCCAAGAUUUUUCUGUACCAAAGUUUGGCGAAACAAGGGUACCAGGGAGCAGCAUGGAGUUUGGCAAGGAGGGCAUUUGGAGGGCAAGGAGGACAUUUGAGGAAGCUUCUGCAAAGCAUAAUCCUUGGAAGUGGUGUUUGGAGUGCCCAAGCAAAAGUACACCGCUACAAAACUAUCGGCAACAUUUAUCCUCUCAUCUUGCAAGAUGAUUGGGAUACAUGUGCCUGUUGGGAACAAGUGUUUUUCAACUCGCAGAGUGUACUUCUGCGAACAAAGAUUUGCAGUAAUUGCAAUUACCGUGAGGCAAUUUAUGGGAAAGCCCCACACCUGACCCCUGAGGAAGCAGCCGCAAUAGUAGGCGUGGACGAGUUUGAAUCUUGCGGACCGUGCCCUUCAUGCUUAGAACAUAACCUGAAGCUGCAACUCUGCAUCCCUUCAAAUGUGGUGGCAAUUGAUUUUUGCCAUCCCGGUACAAUCGAUGGUAUGCCAACUAUUGACGAAGCAACUGCUAAAGGCCUCCUUCCCCCUGAGAUGACCAUUGGUGGUUACCAAUUCAAACUGAUUGGCCUCUCCAUCCGUGAGGUUUUUGACUGGAAUAUUAGAGUCAGAGAUGGAAGGCCUGACAAGCGGACAUAUUCCAUGUCUGAAAUAGCUAAACGGUAUGACGCUUCAAGAUAUGUUUAUUCGGAAACACAUGAUGAGGGCAACAAUUGUGGAGAUGAGGAAAAGAAAGUGCAGGACAAAAAUCAUGAAAUAGAAGAAGAAGAGGAUGAAAAUCAUGAACCCGAACAACCUAAAAAUGAUGAGGAUGAGGACGACGAAGACGAGGACAAAAAUUAUGAACCAGAACAACCUGAAAUUGAUGAGGAUGAGGACGACGAAGACGAGGACAAAAAUCCUGAACCAGACCAACCUGAAAAUGAUGAGGAUGAGGACGAGGAAGACGAGGAUGAGGACGACGAAGAUGAGGACGACGGUUUUGGUCAUAAUUUUUAUCUGGAAUUUCAAGAUGAUGGCACCUUUUGGCGGGUUUGUGAUGGUGAUCCGGUCCACGUGUGGUCCAAAAACCACAAUGACAACCCGUACUCCCUGCGUGAGGGAUUCCGGCACGAAGUGCAGUAUGCUUAUUAUGGCAAGAAGAAUGAGGUGAAAUUGAAAAGGGCUGCGCAAACAGAGACAGAAGCAACUGAGCCAAAGAAGGAGAAAAAGUCAAAGAACCAUAAAAAUAUAAAAACAGGAUCUAAGACUGCUGCUGUGAAAUCAAGGAGAACCAGCAAUGCAAGAAUGCUGUGCCAGCCAAAAAAUGAAGGUGCUUGUUCUGAAAAAAUGCAUGUCUUGGAUGGCAAGGACAAGUUCCAGCUACGCGAGUUCUCUGACAACAAUGUGCAGUCUGGUGACUACUUGAUCCGCAAGGUUCCACUGAAGUUCAGCCUUUUCGAGACUACCACAGAACAGGACGAUUGCUUCCCGCCUGGAAUUUCAGUCAAAGUCAAGAACAAACUUCUAACGCUACCAGUACCAAACCCAAUUCCCACCAGCAACAAGCCAGGAGUGGAGCCGAAAAGGCCUCCGAGGCCGAACAACAUCUCCCCUCUGUUGAAAUUGAGCCCCACCGUCGGCAACACAGUCAACGUGUCUUGGGCUCAAGACUACACCAGAAACUUUGUGGUCAAAAUCUACCUGAAGAAACUCUCGUCCACCGACCUUUUGAGCAGACUGAAGAACAAGGGUGUCCGACCCGCCGAGGAGAAGCUGCAGGAGGACGCCGACUACGAAAUCGCAACCACCUCCCUUCGAGUGUCCCUGAUGUGCCCCCUGGGCAAGAUGAGAAUGUCGGUGCCAUGCCGGCCUUCGACGUGUGUGCACCUCCAGUGCUUCGACGCCUCCUUGUUCAUCCAAAUGAACGAGACAACGCCGACCUGGAACUGCCCUGUUUGUGAUAAACAUGCCUUGUACGACACCUUGGUCAUUGAUGGAUACUUCCAAGACGUACUCAAAUCUUCACGCUUGCCUGCCGACUGCAAUGAAAUUCAGUUGACCAGUGAUGGCUCCUGGACCAUCAUAUCAACCAAGAAAGAGUCGAAUGCCCAAAACCUGUCCCCAAAAAAAGAAGCGGUGGCCGCGCCUGCUGCCAAAGUGGAAAACGUUGAAACCCUGUCUGAUGAAGCUGAAGUGCUGGAGGACCAGCCGCCCAAGAAGAAGCCUGCGCCUGUGAUGGUCGACCUGACCCUGAGUGACUCUGAAGACGAGUCUCCUCCCAAGAAGAUGCACAACAGGAUUCAGGUGCCAGACCUGAUGCGCGCCCAUCUCCCUCUGUUGGACCAACUCCGGCUCUACGAAAACCAGGACAUCGUCGAGCAACCCUGCCAAGGCGUGAACCAGGAGGUCAUGGCGCAGCCACUGCUGCGGCACACCCUGUGGGGCAAGAUGCGUCCAUCUGCGUUGCCCCAGCAGGAGGAACUCCUGGUUGACAUGUUUGGUGUGAAAACCGGUCCUGGUGAGGUGUGCUCUCGGAAAGUGAUUUCCAACCCUGCUGCUGACUCACCAAUCUAUGGAUGUCUGGAAGCUGUCGAGUUUCUGCGAGAGUCCCAGUAUACAGAUGAACCACCCUGCCGAGGCUUCAACCGGGAGGUCAUGACGCAGCCACUGCUGCGGCACACCCUGUGGGGCAAGAUGCGUCCAUCUGCGUUGCCCCAGCAGGAGGAACUCCUGGUUGACAGCAACUCUGUAAAGUUUGGUGAGGGAACUGAUCCUGGCGACGAGUGCUCCCAGAAAGCUGCAGACUCACUAUUCGCUGUGUCAUGGAACGCAGCUGCGAGAUUGCAUGAGUCCAACUUCACAUUUCAUCUGACUCCUGAGCAAGCUACUAAAAUAGCCAUGUCCUUCAACAGUAUAGGCGAAGGAGAAUACAGUAUUCAGGUUCAACUGAGGUUCAGCCUUUUCGAGACUACCACAGAACAGGACGAUUGCUUCCCGCCUGGGAUUUCAGUCAAAGUCAAGAACAAACUUCUAACGCUACCAGUACCAAACCCAAUUCCCAGCAACAAGCCAGGAGUGGAGCCCCCUCUGUUGAAAUCGAGCCCCACCGUCGGCAACACAGUCAACGUGUCUUGGGCUCAAGACUACACCAGAAACUUUGUGGUCAAAAUCUACCUGAAGAAACUCUCGUCCACCGACCUUUUGAGCAGACUGAAGAACAAGGGUGUCCGACCCGCCGAGGAGAAGCUGCAGGAGGACGCCGACUACGAAAUCGCAACCACCUCCCUUCGAGUGUCCCUGAUGUGCCCCCUGGGCAAGAUGAGAAUGUCGGUGCCAUGCCGGCCUUCGACGUGUGUGCACCUCCAGUGCUUCGACGCCUCCUUGUUCAUCCAAAUGAACGAGACAACGCCAACCUGGAACUGCCCUGUUUGUGAUAAACAUGCCUUGUACGACACCUUGGUCAUUGAUGGAUACUUCCAAGUCGUACUCCUGUCUUCACGCUUGCCUGCCGACUGCAAUGGAAUUCAGUUGGCCAGUGAAGGGUCCUGGACCAUCAUAUCAACCAAGAAGGAGUCAAAUGCCCGAAGUCUGUCUCGGAAAAGAAAAGCGGCGGCCGCGCCUGCUGCCAAAGUGGAAAACGUUGAAACCCUGUCUGAUGAAGCUGAAGUGCUGGAGGACCAGCCGCCCAAUAAGAAGCCUGCGCCUGUGAUGGUCGACCUGACCCUGAGUGACUCUGAAGACGAGUCUCCUCCCAAGAAGAUGCACAACAGGAUUCAGGCGCCAGAGUCGAGUUCGAGCAACAGGAGCUUCGACUCCAACGCGAGGCCGACUUCGCCGAGUUCGGUCGGGCGCCAGAGCCCCAGCGUGAUCACCCUGGAAAGUCCGUCGCCGUCUCCAUCAAUCCCUUUCUUGCAGCCUUCCAGCACGACGGGCCACUUGGACCCCCCGCCCGCCCAUUCCAACAACUUCAGGCAAAUGUACUACAACUCGAUGAGCACCGCCCCCUCCCUGCCCAUUCUCGACUUGGACUUCUCGGUCAGCCACACUUGGAGAAACCAGAAUUUCAUUUGAGCUGUAAAAAGAGCGUCUUUUCACUUUCACUGUAAGUUAAUUUAGUUAAUUAUUCCAUGCAAAGGAUCAUCCUGAAACUAUGCCGUCUGUUUCUCAAUAAAAGAACAAAGAAUUAA